AUGGCCGCCAGGCGGAGAAGCUCCAUCGCCACCAUUAAUAUGGAAGCUCUGGACUGCGCCAUCUGCUACAACCCUCUCGAACCCCCAGUCUUCUUCCAUUGUGGAGUUGGGCAUGUCAUCUGUUCAUCCUGCCAUGGCAAGCUCGCCGACAGGAGCAGCUACCACGUCUGCAACAUCGUCUCCGGCUACAACCGCUGCAUCGCCGUCGACCACAUCCUGUACGCCAUCACGGUGCCCUGCCCCAACGCCGCCCACGGCUGCGCCGUCAGGAUGACCUACCACGACGUCGACGAGCACGCCGGCAGGUGCCCGCACGCGCCGUGCUUCUGCCCGGAGCCAGUCUGCGGCUUCGCCGCCGGCGGCCCCGCCGCGCUGCUCGCCCACUUCACCGGUAUGCACGGCUGGCCGGUCACCGGGAUGAGGCGCAACAGCACGUUCGGCGUCGAGGUGCGGGAAGGGUAG